UAUAUAUUAGAAAGGGAAUAUACUAUUAGAAAGGGAGUACUGCCAUAUCCUUAGCACCAUCCCAUAGGUGCCAUUUUAGAUAUGAAAUUUAGCUUAGAGUCUAUUCGGAAAGAGAAGAAUAGUGAAACAUAUAAAAAAUAACUACAAAUGUAUUUUACAUGACUGAAACCAUUUUUUUAUUUUUUGUUACAAUUUAAAUUCUUUAAGUAAUAUUUUACAGGCGUUUAGAAAUUUACAACAUGAACUGGUCCAUGGAUGAGGGCCUAGACAACAUGAUCAUCAGUGGAGCCCUGUACGGAGUGCCUAUUGCUGUGGUGCGGGACCGGAAGCAGUUUGGCAGGAUUGCAACCACUGCCAAACCUGUCAUAACAAUUUACAACUGUGUAGGGAAUGUUAUAUCAAAGAUUUUGUGGAACAGCGGAGUCCUGGUCCACAUGGGCUGGUCGGACGGGGAGCAGCUGCUGUGUGUGCAGGAGAGCGGAGAUGUGCUCGUUUAUGACAUGUUUGGCGCCUACCAGAAGACAUUCAAUAUGGGGCAAGAAAUUAGGGACACUAAGGUCAGCAAAGCACAGCUGUUCCCAAAUAGGACUGGCUCUAACACCAACCGCUGAGCAACAUCUCCGAGCCCAAAGUCAGGCCCGUACCAGAUCUGCCACAUGACGACACAGAGACUGUAAGGAACGUUUGUCUUAUGCUUCUGGCAUAUGUCAGAAACGUAUCGCCGGCUCGAAAACGGAAAGGCGCAGUGGCUCUGAAGUUUUCUCGCGCGGAAAUAUGCGACGGAUUUUUCAAACAAGUGUCAUCAGAAGCACAUGUCAUUAGCUACAUAAUCGAGAAGAGAGAACAAUACAUGAAAUAGAAGUGGACUAUGCAGCCAUUUGUUAUUUUACUAUUUUUUGUUACUAUUCGUACACUCAGUAUUUUUUUGUAUUUGUCUAUUAUUCUUUUGGAACAUAUGUACACCCUUAAAACAUGUCUUAAAUCAGAAAUAAUAGUAACACAAUUUACAAUUACAGAAGUAACAAGUGAAUGUCAUUAUUGUUUUAGUCACUAGAGUCCUAGAUCAGUCAACAGAGUGAUCACUACCUGUGAGCGUCUAUCAAAUGGUGUUCUUAUGUUGUAGAAUCCCAAUUGGAUAAAAACCCACAGAUCAUUACAUUCUUCGGGAUAGCAAGCUCCGGUUGAUUGGUAUAUUUUAAAGACACAGUCUAUGGCAGUUACAAGUUUUUCGAAACGGUAAACAGUUUCGUUGACGACAACGUAUGCAGCGUUUACAUUCGAGAUU